AUGGACAAAAACAGUGUAACAGAUCCACUGAGGAAAGUUGCAGUUGGACCCAAGGUCCACUCGUCUUCCCAAAUCACAGGAACUGGAGUCACACCCACUAACAAACCUCACGCAGUACAGCUGAGCCAACAGGAACAAGGACAGGAAGUGACAUCAAUGGAGCAGAACGCCAAGGACACAUUUGAAGCUGAGAAAGAGCAAAUGAAUGGUCAAACCGAAGAAGUACCUCAAGAGACGACGACAUCUGAAGAGCCGGCGAAUAUAAGAGAGAAUAAGAAAGAAGAGGAAAUAAGUGUGAAUGAAGCAGAUGAGAAUGAAGGGGGGGAAACGAAGGAAGAAGAAGAGGAAGAGGAGCCUGAUUUCCAGCCUCCGGUUGAGAUGUCAGGCCAAGAGUACGAGAAGGAUAAAAACAACCGGCCUGUUUGCAGGUACAACACUGUCUGCUACAGGAAGAUUAAGAAAGGAAACACAAUGCAGAGAAUAGAUGAGUUUGAGUCCAUUCUGAAUGUAUAACAGCGGUGAAUGUCGUCAGAGACAUGCGUAAGAACUGAGUGCCGUCAUCAUGUAUGUUUUCAUGGGGUUGUUAAACUUCUUCAUAGUUAAAAGACAUAACAUAUAUGCUCACGUGAACAGUAUUUUAUGACAGUUUAUUUUCGGUUUCUUUGUAGAAAUCAGUAGUUAUCUUUAAAGCAUCAAGAAAGCAGACUCGCCUCUGAUGAUCAAGUUUAAGUAAACCCUCAUCUGGCAGUGAGCCGGGAAAACAUUUAGGCUAUUUGUCUGCAAAUUAGAUUUUUCAUUAAUGAAUGCUCCUCCAAAUAACAUGCGGUCUCUCUGACUGAUGAAGGUCUGAUCUAUAUUGUGUAAGUAUGUGAACUCAACAUUAAUGAAUUACUGGAAGAGCUUAGUUACAGUAAAGCAGUAUGGAGGACAUUAUUGUAUUUCUGUUUAAAAUGUCAAAAAAAAAGGUUUUUGA